AUGCUAAAAUGUUCAUUGUCUGUUUCAAAUUUUGUGGAAGUCGGGAAAGGUUGCUGUGGAACUGGACUACUGGAAGUUGGUCCUCUCUGUACUCCCUCAACUCCAGUUUGUGAGAACCACGCCCAGUACUUAUUCUGGGAUAGUAUUCAUCCUGGUGAAUCAACCUAUCGGUGCCUGUCUCAGUAUCUGGCAAAGCAACUUCUUCCCAAGUUCACACUUCAGCACCCAGUGGUCACUUGGCAUAGAUCAUGUAGACACUUGAUUGUCAAUUUGAUUGCCAUUGUGUUUCAAAGAUAUGUCCGCCAGGCUGGACUAGAUUGUAUUGUAUCGUAUUCGUUCAGGGAAAAUGCAUUUGUUAUAAAAUUUUUCAAUUAG